AUGGCGACGAAAGCUCUUCGCAGGGCCCGAGAGGCGGCCGUCCUCAGGGCCGAUGAGACGCGCCGUGAGGAGACGACGGCUUGGUGCAACCGCGAUCUGGUGCCCAUGCCGCCGUCGCGACGAACCUGGGGCUGGUUCAACUUCUUUGGAGCUUCCGCGCUUGGCGCGCUCAACGUCGCGACAUGGCAGACACCCAACACUUUUCUGACGCAGGGUCUGUCGGUCGGCCAGGCCAUGAUGAUUAUCGUUGUAUCGCGAUUCUUCGUCUCGUUCUUCGCCUGUGUCGUCGCCUGGUGUGGCUUGACGUGGCACGUUGGCUUCACGGUCCAAAACAGAUUCACUUGGGGUUUGCGCGGAGCCUACAUUCCUCUUCUCCAGCGCGUGCUGCUGAACUUUAUUUGGACUGCUCUUCAGUGCUGGAAUGGUGGUAAGCUAGUCACUGUCUGCCUCACGGCACUCUGGCCUUCCUUUGGACGCAUGCGAAACACCUUGCCUUCGAGCAUGCCGACAACCACCCAAGAGAUGGUUGGCUUCAUUGUUUUCUGGGCCAUCUCCGUCCCCUUCCUCUUCAUCCGGCCGGAGCGAUUCAAGAAACCCUUCUUCUUGUCCAGUUUGGGCUGUGGCAUUGCCAUGAUCUCCAUGAUGAUUUGGGCGCUGUCCGUUGCGAAGGGUGUGGGACCGGUGUUUUACAAAGGCCAGAACGUCCCCGAGACCUCACGGUGGAGCGUUUCCUGGAUCAUCAUGGCUGGGCUGAACCAGGCCAUCGGCCAAAAGGUCGCUGGCAUGACCAACGAGAGUGACUUCUCUCGGUAUUCUGGCAGCUACUCUGCUUUCGUUAUCGGAACGGUCUCUUGCCAGUGGAUUGUCGGCAUCCUCGUCUCCCUUGGUGGCUUGGUGACCACGGCAGCGUGCCAGGUCAUCUAUGGCAAGAUCUGGUGGAACCCACCAGACCUGAUGAUGGUUAUGAUGGACCACGGCAAUGGAUCAUCGGGCGCCCGGGCCGGUUGCUUCUUCCUCGCUUUGGCCUUCACGUUUGCGGUCCUCUUCCAGAAUGUCUGCGGCAAUGCUGUCGCUGGAGGCAUUGACCUCGCUGGUAUAUUCCCGAGAUACAUCGACAUUCGACGAGGUGCCAUUAUCACACUGGUUGCCACAUGGAUCAUUCAGCCCUGGCAACUAAUCAACAGGGCUGCGACUUUCGUCUCGGUGCUCAGCUCCUUCUCUGUCUUCUUGUCGCCUCUCUUGGGCGUCAUGAUCUGCGACUACUUCUUCAUCCGGCACCAGAAGAUUAAGCUCAACCAUCUCUACCACCCCGAAGGGUCCGACUACUGGUUCAGCCACGGCUUCAACCUGCGCGUGAUCCCGGCCUGGAUCGCCGGGUGGGCGCCCACCAUCGGCGGCCUGGUCACCACCGUCGGCAACUACAAGUCCGCCCCCGACGCCCUCUUCCAGCUGUACUACACCGCCUUCUUCAGCGGCCUGUGCAUCUCCUUCACGCUCUUCUACGCCAUCAACUUCUUCUUCCCCAUCCAGGGCCGCGGCGAGUUCGACGCGUACGACGACUGGGCGACCUUCACGCCCGCGGAAGCUGCCAAGUUGGGCGUCGUCCCCCACGUCGACGCCGAGGAGCUGGCCCACAUCCCCAUGGGCGCUUCCGGGUACCGCCGGCCUGCGCCGCUCACCCAGAAGGAGAUGGAGCUGAGGGCAGAUGCACCGGUCAUCGAGGGGACUUCUGCCGAGCCGGCCCCCGCCAGGCGGUGGUGGAAGCUGGGCAAGAAUGGCGAUGCGUGA